UAUUGUAUAGAGCGUUGAAAGAGUUGAUGAGCUCUUUCUGCCAUCUUUAUCAAGUACAGUGUGUUUGAUCUUUCACAGAGUAUAAUCUAUCUUGAAAUGGAGAAUUGGAGCUUAUUCUAUGUGCCUUUGUGGGUUGGCGACUUUAUCUUAUUAAAUUUGUCUACUGUGUGACAGCUUAGUGUGUCACUACAUGCAGGUUUCCAAUUUUAUUAGUAGCUUCUCGUGAGCAUUCACAAGACAUUUCUGGUGGAAACCUACGAGUCUGAUAUCUUAAUAUCCAAUUGCCUUGUGUGGAUGUGCCACUGAAGCGGAAGAAUACAAUGGGAGACUGUGAAGCAGAAUUCGUGGAGCAGAACAUAGGUCCUGGCUCUACUGGUGUCCUCAAUGCCUCGCUUCAGACACCUGUGUCAGGUAGAAGGGGAAAGGCCCAAAAAGUUCCAAGGAUAAAGGCUAAUAAAGCCAGAUCUCAAAUUCCCGUGACAAAUAUUGGUUCCUCCUCAGGGAAUAAUCUCACUCCACUGGGCCCUUGUCGUUACGAUAGCUCCCUUGGUCUCUUAACAAAGAAGUUCAUUAACCUUAUCAAACACGCAGAAGAUGGUAUUCUUGAUUUAAAUAAAGCUGCCGAUACAUUGGAGGUGCAGAAGAGGCGUAUAUAUGAUAUAACAAACGUUCUCGAAGGCAUUGGUCUUAUAGAAAAGAAACUCAAAAACAGAAUUCAGUGGAAGGGUGCGGAUGUCUCAAGACCAGGGGAAGUUGAUGCGAGUCUUAACAGCUUACAGGCUGAAGUAGAAAACUUGAAUAUGGAGGAGCACAAAUUCGAUAAACGAAUAAGAGAAAUGCAAGAAAAGUUGAGGAGCUUUAGUGAAGACGAAAUCAAUCAAAAGUGGCUUUUUGUCACUGAAGAAGAUAUCAAGAGCUUACCUUGCUUUCAGAAUGAAACUCUUAUAGCAAUUAAAGCUCCACAUGGCACUACUUUAGAAGUUCCAUACCCUGACGAGGCCGUUGAUUAUCCACAGAGGAGGUACAGAAUAGUUCUUCGAAGCACCAUGGGACCCAUAGAUGUUUACCUUGUCAGCCAAUUUGAGGAAAAAUUUGAGGAGAUAAAUGCGCCUGAAGUGGAAGCAAGCAUCCCUUCAACGUCAGGUGCCGAUGAGAAUGCUUCUGCAAUGCCAGCAAAUGAGAGCAGAGGAAAUGAAGUUGAUCUGCAAGGAGUAGAAGCUCAAAGAUUAUGCUCAGACAAGAACACAUCACAGGAUUUUGUGAGUGGAAUCAUGAAGAUUGUGCCUGAUGUUGAUAAUGAUGCUGACUAUUGGCUACUGUCAGAUGCUGAUAUAAGCAUCACAGAUAUGUGGAGGACAGAAUCCGAGGUUGACUGGAAUAGCUUGGAUACCAUUCAUGAGGAUUAUGAUAUGGCUAAUAUCAGCGUGCCAAGACCCCAAACUCCAGUUCCUAGUACAACUGCAAUGCCUUCUGUAGCCAGUACCUCAGGGAGUUAAAUGUUAUUACAGUUAUGAUCCUGAAUAAAGACACUCAGCUUAUUGCUCGUUGUAAGAUAUUGAAACUCAAGACUCCAAAAGAGUGCCUUAACAUGUUCAUUUUCCUGGGUUACCUUCCGAGUGUUCUUCAGAAAGUCAAAACAGCGCUGGCAAGGAGAUGCAGAGGGUACUUUGUACAGUCUGUAAUAGAUAUAAAUGAAUAGCUUCUACCAGAAUUUAGCUCGGUAUAUUUUUAAAUUUGUUGCUCUGUAUGUAGUAUUUCAUCAUAAAAAAUGGAUAGUCAUCUGUAAAAUAUUAGUCUAGAUUAUAAUUUAAUUAUAUUCUAGGGGUGAUUACCUAAUGGUGAUAUGCUGUGGAGCUAAAAGGUCCACGAGUCGUGAACUUU